CGUCGUGGUCGACGGCUGGUGUAACGAGGAACGCGAUACCGGCGAUAGCGGUGCCGGUGGCGGGCUAGGCGUCGCGCUAGUCGACGUCCUCGACGUCCUCGACGUCCUCGGGAUCGUCGAUCGUCGUCGAUACGGUGGGAUACUACGUCAGGAUCAUCGUCGUCGCCGGCGCCGAGUGAUCAACACCUGGUGAACGAAGCACGGAGAACCCGUGGUUGCAACGGCUACGGAACACCACAACUGCGUCAACAUGCCGCGCUGCCUCAUGGCCAAGAAAUGGAAGGCCUACCCGUGGCCGGAUCGCGUCGACGAUCCACAGGAAGAACAGAACGAUCCUUCGAACAUUCUACAGGAGCAGGGGAGCCACGGGAUACAGCAGACUUCCGCGUCAUUAGAGAAGAGGCAACACAGGCAUGAGCCAGAGGACGAGGAGAUCGACGUGGUUGGGGAUACGGAUAGCAGGCAAGUCGAUCAUCAGCAGACCUGUUGGGGUCCGCAUAGUCCAACCGCUGGUGCCACUGCACCUAGUCCACCACCACUGAACGCAUCUGGUGCUCUGUAUUAUCAUGGUUAUACGCACGAGUCAUGGAUCAACCACGAAGAACCACCAAAGUACGCGACGCUGCGCUCAGCGGCGGAGUUGGCCCGACCAGUCGUACCAUCUCCGCCGCCUCCAGCCGCGCCUCAAGAGCUGGCCGCGGUGAUGACUGGAUCCAACCUGCACCAACCACACCCAGCAGCCCCUAUGACAACUCCGUCGUCGUCGUCCACCUCGCUAUGUUUGCCCCCGAGGAAAAGCCUCUCGAUGUGUUUCACCAGCACAGGGACGGCGUUAUCGCUGCCCCCGAAGAAGAAGGACAUUUAUAGGCCCUAUAGCCUCCAGCCGAUGUCGGAGGUCCGCACGUCGGAGAUCCGCACGCCGGAGAUCCGCACAUCGGAAAUCCGCACGUCGGAGAUCCGCACGUCGGAGAUCCGCACAUCGGAGAUCCGUACGUCGGCCGAGGAAGAUCUGUCCGCCGCGCAGGCGAUCCUCGACCUGAGCGCGUCCCCGGCUGCGCCCACGCACUCGGUCUUCAUUCACACUUUAUCGCCUCCGCCUCCGCCUCCUCCGCCUCCAACGGUACCCUGCGUCGCGACGACAGGCCAGCUGCAGCCGACACAGUUGCAGCCGGCGCCGACCGCGCAGCCUAUCCCUGUCUCCGUGCUGGUACCGGUGCCCAGCUCGCAAACCAACCAACUGCGACAGCAGGAGCAAACCCCGCAGCCUCAGUCGCCCGCCACCGCAGAGGCCAACGCAAAUUGCUCCGCCGGAAGAGAUGGCACCAGCAGCGGCAGCAAGACGGUGGCCUAUACGUACGAGGCAUUCUUCGUGUCGGAUGGCCGGUCGAAGCGUCGCAGUGCGAACACAAAUGGCGCCGCGGUGCCUGACAAGGAGGCUGCUCAGCCGGAUAGGCCAAAGUUCACGUGCACAGAGUGCGGCAAACAGUACGCAACCUCGUCGAACCUGUCCCGGCACAAACAGACGCAUCGUAGCCUCGACUCUCAAUCGGCAAAGAAGUGCAUUCACUGUGGCAAAGCGUACGUGAGCAUGCCAGCCCUGGCGAUGCACGUGCUGACCCACAAGUUGGCCCACAGCUGCGGCGUCUGUGGCAAGAUGUUCUCCAGGCCUUGGCUGCUACAAGGCCAUCUGAGAAGUCACACGGGAGAGAAGCCAUACGGGUGCGCGCAUUGCGGCAAAGCGUUCGCCGACCGGUCGAAUCUACGUGCCCACAUGCAGACGCAUUCCGCGGACAAGAACUACGAGUGCUCGAGAUGCCACAAAACCUUCGCUCUCAAGUCCUAUCUGAACAAACACCUGGAGUCCGCUUGUUUACGCGACGACGAGAUGCCGCCGCAACAACAGCAGCAACAACAACCUGCUACCAAUGGUAGUAACGCGACGACGCAACAUCAACAGAGCAACAAUCGUGGUUUGUAGCAGCGCUUCGACGACAGGAAGACCACGACCAGGCGCCUCGACGCCCUAGAGACCGCUGCUAGGGAGAGCUAGCGGUCGUUCCCAGCGACGCCCGGCUAACCGGGACGACGAGGCAAGAUCGAUGGGAGAAGAUUGACGGGGAUGAGGAGGGAGAGAGGGAGAAAGAAUAAAGGUUUGCCGUAGGUUUUAAGUAGAAAAGUGCCAGUAGAGAAAAUGGAGGAUAAUAGAGAGAAGUAACCUAAUGGUAGAUGGGUAGAGGGUGAAGAGAGGGGAAAAUGAUAGGAAUGUGUCGGUUUCUUAAAUAAUGUCUAACAUUAAUAAAAACGUCCAAUAAUGUUAAGUCUUAAAACGAGCAGAAAGAGAAAAAGAAGAAUAAAAAACAAGAUGAAACGACGAUGGAUAAAGGAGAGAACGAUGAAAAAAAAAAGAUGAGAUGAAAGAAACGAGAACAAAGAACACGUCGAACGGUGACGUCCACACUGCAGUCUAGUCACUCUAGUCGAUUAUAUCUAAUACAUUAUGAUAUUAUAUUAUUAUAUUAUAUAUUAUAUUAUUAUUAUAUAUAUAGUAUAUUUACUAGCGCGUACGGUUCUAGUCGCGAGCUCGUUACGGAGACACACUAUUUAUUGAUACUUAGCUGCCUAAAUGAAAUAACGAAUAAAAAGAAAAUUCUUCGAGGAUUAAACAAGAAUUACACACGUACACGCAUAUAACAAACCAAGGGGGACACACACCAUGAUAUAACGAUAAUAACGACGAUAACGAAGCAGAUUAUUAGAAGGAAAUUAAAAGACGAUAGAUUCGGUGCAAUAACGACUCAAUUAGAAGAAGGCUCGACUUAACCACGAGCUAACGAAAUUUCCGGCCGGUUUUCGAUUCUCCCCAAAUCCUUUCCCCCGCGAUACCCUGCAUCGACGCUCGUCCUCAGCGUCCUAACGCCAAUGCAUUGGCGACACGUGUAUCGAAUCGUGUCUAGAGAUCGAUUCGUCGCUCUCGUUAAAACGUACAGUCGUCAUCGGACCACUCCGUUUCUUCCGAAGAGCAUCGGAUCGAAUCUCGAGACGAUCGGCCCUCUCCCAUGUUCCUUUUUUCGAUGGCUCCUUCCACGGUUGGACCACAAUUACACUCGACCACAGGGCGAUCGACGGAUGAUGGAUACUCUCGAUACAGGCGCCGGUGCAGGCCUGUACGUUUCUUUCGAUGAUAAGGAAGGAGGUUGUAUAUAACUCGCUCGUGUAACUUGUUUUCAUUUUUCUCACGUUGAUUGUUAGAUCUCUUGGCGGCCGUUCGAUGGUAACUUUUGCGGUUGAGUAGUGAACAAGGGAGUAUUUGAUUAGUAGCAGCCUUUUCAAGAAAGACAUAAAAAAGCAAAAAUCGAAAUUCAAUUUUAUGUAGACCAUAUGUGAAGGAUCUGAAGCGUACGAAUAGACAAAAUCGGGCUAAUUAUUUAGGCAGGAGAGAAAAAUGAAUCUCCCAUUUGUUUCAUAGAAAUUAGUAGAAAAUUCGAAGAUUCUGCGCUAUACACUGGAUAAGAAUUAUACCGGACGAAAUAAUAAUGCGAUAGAUGUCAAAAAUUUCCUUGCUCGCCACCGUGUACCUCGACCAUCCCAAUACGCUCUACGUCAUGCAAAACCGUUCCAUUCUUACGAACAACAGUUCGCGGAACUCCUCAACUUUUCAAAUAUUUAAUUCCGUCAAUUUUCUCGUCGUUAUUUUUAUCUCGCAUAGAAGAACACGGUUCCCAUAAAAGAAGGGGGAGAGAGAAAAAAAACAAGAGAAAGUCAUCGACAGUGAUGCGUGGCAUAGAACGUGUUAACGACACGUGGACAUCGAUCGAACCGCCUCGAGGUCGUCGUAUUUGCAAUACUUCCAACGUGUUCACAGUUUUCAGCGAUGUUACACGAUCGGUUAUAUAGAAGCUCGAAUACGAAAUAAAGUAAUAUUCUAAGCGCGUUCACACGCGUAAACGUUUACAUUACACAGUAGGUAUACAUAAGAACACGUAGGAGAAACAGACAAAUAUACACAGACACACGACACGAAGCGCGUUACACGUAAUAUUUAGAGCAGAUUCGAGUAAUAGAUGCGUAACUUUGUUAUACACAUAUUUUAUAGAAGCAAUAUAACGAGUAAGGAAAAAAAAAAGUAAUAAUGACGACGCGUACGGUCAAAAGCAAUGUUUCGACACAACGAAUUAUAUAAUUAUACAUAUAGAGGCGAACAUCGAAGUUUAACGUGAUGGAAAACGAUGAUUUGCUUCGGCAGAAACUUCUUCGAUCGUCUGAACCCUAACCACGCUCUUCCGUUUUUCGCGAUCGUCGUUCAAAAUUGGCGCCACGACCAGUCGGAUUUCGCGACUCGUAAAAAUUCAUCGUUUCUGCCUCUUUUAAACUAAAGCAAUAUCUUCGAACGUUCCAACGAACAGGCCGCUUCCAUUUUAGAAUUUAACGAAAGAAAAUGAUUGAAUAUUUAUCGGUUCGAUCGUGGGAGAGAUCGACUAAUCAGUGGCUUCGUGGUUUGCCUUUUAACGAUGGAGAAUGCGCUUCGUAAGGCUUAAUUAGCUUCUGAUAUUUUUUAAACGGGCCUAUAAUCAAGUAAGCUUCGUGCAACGAGUGGAACACCAAUCUAGUCUUAAAAAGAAAUUCCGUUUAAGUAUAUUUUAUAUAACGAACAACGACUUUCGCUCCGAAUGUUAAAAGUAGUGUUAGUGACGCGUGUGAAAUUCCCACUCUGUAAGCAACGCAACGAUUACACAUCGAAAUUCGCGAAUCCUUUUAUCGUAAUAUUAAACGUAAAUCCUUGAAACUACGUUUUGUAGAAAAAACAAAACAAAGAAACAUUUCGAGACAACGAAAAGGGAGUGUCAGCGAAAUCCGGCUGAAAAAUCCGACCUCCGCUUCAUUCGACCAACUUUUUCUCCGAAAGCAACGAUUACAGCGCGCCGAAUAAUUCCCGGAAAAAUAACGAAAAGGAAGAAAAAGAAGAGAGGAAAAGUAUAGAGGGAUUGAAAAAAGAAAAAAAGAAGGAAAUACACGCGAAACACGAUCGCGAGAGAACAAAGAAGAGCGUGGAUCAGUGCCAGCUUGGGAAGAGCUGUCGCGACGAUCCAACGAGUCCUUUUGUAUUAAUUAUUGCCGACAAAUAAUUACCGCGUUGCAUGUACAGAGUAGCCGACCUCACCGCCAAAACAGUAAAAAGAAGCAAAAAUGGCAAAAAAAAAAGAAAUAUUAAUCGCGAGAAAAAAUGGAGAAACGAAGCACCGGAGAACAGAACACACAUGAACACGUCUUGUACUACUAUACUUUGUGUUUUCGCGUAGCGCUCGUACGCUCGCCGUUGGAUUCUACCGGGGGCUGUAGGAAAUUUUAGACUCUAAAGAAACGUUAGGGGUCUUUCCUCUCGAAGGGAUCCAACGAUCGAGUGGAUGAGAAAUCGAUCGAUCCCAAAAAGCUUUUCUAGUCCUCGCCCUCCCCUUCGUGCAUGGUGACGUUUGUUUCGUGAGCUUUCUCGAAAACGCCGUGUACCGCGUGCAACGAUUGCGAUUGUCGCAUACGUACGAACGUAGAGCAAUAAAACACUAAGCAAUACUAACGAAUUAACGAGUUAAUUAACGAGAAACGAAGUAAAAUGAAAUUAGUACGUCGGUCCGGGUAGAGAGCAGAGACAUUUUAACCGAAGAAAAAAAUAUAAAAAUAAGAACAAAAAAAAAAGUAAUAAAGAAUUAACGAAGUGCACCGUUUGACGCGUGUUUGUUGAUUUGAUUGACCGAAAAAAACGAAAAUAAAUGGCAUGCGCGAGGAUAAACGUAGAAAACAUAAAACAAAGAAACUAGGACGAGAGAGAGGAGCGAUCUGAAUAAUAGUUGAUCGCGCUCCUUUCCGGUUCCUCCACUUUGCUUUCGAUCGGAGAAUUCUUGACCACCGGCACUAAUCGUCUCUCGGUUUUUAGCUACUGAUUUCAUUGUUCUUCAUUACGUAUAGUAAUUAUUUUUUACGCAUUGUUAUCAGUAUUAUUAUUAUUAUUACUAUUAUUAUUAUUAUUAUUAACGUUUUCGGCAUCUUCGUAUUUAUUAUUGUCAUCGGUAUUUAUUAUAUUUAUUUAUUAUUACUAUUAUUAUUAUCAACACCGUGUACCUUUAUUUACCUCUAUAUAAAUUCACCUUAUUCCGUUGCUGUUGUUUGUUGUUGUUACGUAUAGUCAUAUCCAUUAUCACUGGUGAUAAUGUUAUCACUUGUAACUCUGCACACUUUAUUAUCGAUCAUCUGUUCUAUAGCGAUUAUAAUUUUUGUUGUUGCUAAUACAACGACUCGAUACAACGAUCGGUAUCGUUAAAAUGCAUCGCGCGAGGCAACGAAAAUAAAUGUUCGAGAAGGGAAAACGAGGCACACACGAUCUCUGUCUUUAUUUUUCUCUUGCUUUCCCGCGGCCGCUCUGGUGAAAACAAAAUGCAAUAUGGCGUCGCGAAUUGCACGUCCACCAAAUAAAGCUGCUUCUAUUCACGAGCCAGAUUCGCGUGUACAGUCGUUGGUCGACGUAAUUGGCCGACAUAAUUGAGCUUCUGGAGCGUGGUGGUCGCAUAAAGUCGUAGAUUUCCGGUUCGAGCGAGGCGGAAAUUUCAACGCGCUUAAUAUAUCUGGAAGCUUCAUUUCACCGCCGUAUUUUAAGACUCCGAGCGACUAUUCGAAAGCAAUGUAUUUUUGUAUUCUCUGUUUACGGCGUCAGGGAAAUAUUUUGGAAUAACACACGCGUGGAAUUAUAUAUAUAUGUACGUUUCUAGUGAUAAGCUUGAAUUAUUUUCUAUGGAACGUAAUUGAUAAUUAUAAGAUUCGUAAAGCGACAAUAUUUAUUUUCGCGAUUUUUCAAGAAAAUCUACCCGGAGAUUAAAAACACGAAGAGACAGAUAUUCUUUUUUUAGUCUAUCUUUUUUUUUCGCUAGAUUCAGGCGAUUAAAGCAAACCAAAGUCGGCUGAUCUCCAAUUAGAUUGGUCGACGAUAGGAGAAAAAAAUUGGGCGGUGGAUGCAAAUAUUCGGAGAGAAGGUUGGACUCCGAGUUCGUUACUGGGAAUUGCACCGGUUCGUUACGGAAGUCUCACGGACAAUUAAACUAUUUUAAUUGACCAGCCAGCGAGACCAUUUCACGUUUGUCCUAACUUCACGGCGAUAUUAACGGCCGAAAGCGAUUCUCGAACUAAUUAAGAGUUCUUUUCCGCUCUGCCCGUGGAAAAUUCGGUCUCUGUUUUCGACCGCCCACUUUUCUCCUGGCCUUACUGCUACGUCGAGAGAAAUAAUCGUUAAUCUGUCUGUUUUCGCUGAGAGAACCAUCUUUUCUUGACGAAAACAGUCAAUCAGCGUUAAAAGGCCGCGAGUAAUGAACUGUAUCUUCUUCUAACUUUGUGAAAAAGCGAUUAAGAAAGAAUAAUUUCUUCAAGGAAAUUUCUCUAAAUUACUGUAAUGAAAUCUACAAAGGAAAACUUAACGAAUUUCACGAUUCUUGAUGAAGCUUCCGAUUCGACGCGCUCUUAUGCACGGCAUGCACCACGAAACCGGAAGUAGCGCUUAAUGAUCGAAUAACGCGCUUCAAUUAAAGGUUCUAAGAAUUAUUAGCUUGCACAAGGAUAUUUUUCAUACCGAUCUCACAAGAGCUAUGAAAAUGAAGGAAGACGAACGCUUUUGUACGCCACAUCUGUGUCGCGCAUCGAUAUUCAAUUAUUAUCAGAAGGAAACACACUACUUAACAACGUAACGUAACUUGUUACGUAAUAACGUAAAAAAGCAAUUCGACGAGUUUGCAGAAAGUAGAGAUUUUUAGAAACGACGACACCGUUCUGGCAAAAGUAGCAGCUUCCCAGUCUAGUUUUCUUUUCCCUUUCUAAGAAAACUUUGCUCGUCUUGCCCGAUUAAACGAAGGAAAAACAAACGCGCGUAUCUCUUAAACAAUGUAUUCUGUACAUACAUACGUACGUACGUAUAUAUCUAUACAUUACGUAAAUAUAUAAUGCAUAUAUAUACAUAAAGAUUUCCUAAGCUACAUUUAAGGAAAACAUUUACACGUACGCACGAACACAAAACUACGUACUCUAUUAGAUAAAUCUAUCGUGUAGCUCUGUAAUUCGUAGUCUAAUUUUCCUCUAAUUAUAGCGAACGUCCUUCGCUUAUCUACUAAUCGCUUCUCGCUUUUGACGUUAUUUAUGUUAGCGUUACUCGAACGGACAGCGCUGCGCGUUUUUAUUCGCUGGAACAGCAGCAUAAAUAGUUGCGCGAAGUUCGUCGAUUGAAAAUUUCGUGCAACAUUUACUCUAUGUUAAAUUAUCGAUCUGUACUAAUGUAAAAUUAUAUCGAAGUUUUAUUGAAAUGAUCGUAAAUGAACAUUCCCUAAACGAGAAAAUCUGUGGGGAGUUUGAAAUAAGAAAUUGUUUAUACCACACAGAAUUUAUGACGCUGAGUUAGCACUGUCAGCAUCUCUGACAUUUUUGACAGAUCGUAAUUACAGAAAUGAAACGAUCAAGAAUAUCAUGGUCUUUUACAAUUGUCGAUCGAUCAAAGACAAGUUCGUCGCAACUAUCGCUGCCUCCAGCUUCUUUCUGUCCGCGACUGUCCGUGCUAUUCCUUCUGUUCCUAUCUCGAGUGUCUGUGCACUUUCGUGAAUUUCUAUCGACGGCUGAGAUCUUCGCCGUGUCUAUUUCCUGUCUCCCUCGAGUGUCGAUCGAUGAUCAACAGGAAUCUUCAACUACGUUUGUCCAACUUUCCUUCUCAAUCGGAAAAUCAAUCUCUAAGCUCGUCGUGUCGUCUAUCUCGCUGCAUAAUUAUAAUUUCUUAUCUUCUUCUGCAAGAAACAUACAAAUCAGAUAUGUAUCUCUAAUUGAUUGUAACAUCACUAUUGGAUACUAUUGACUAUCGUAGGAUGCUCUUAAGUUCCUGUACAACCACGUUGCGCAACAGUUAAAUACUAUUAUAUAAAACGCAUAAGACUUUCUCGAUCACAUGACCAGACGGUAAAUCCGGCAAUUAAAUUCAAUUUGCUCACCUAGCGAUCCUCGAUCGUGAAGAGUAACCAGAUGCGACCUACUUCGCUGAUUCGAAUUGUUCUCGAAUGCAAUUUUCUCUGUUAUCGACGCGAUCGAAUUAAUUACAUUUCGAUCGCCAAGGAGAGGACCAGUUACGAAACUAAUUUUCCGACAGUAUUUCCAAAAUAUUGCUACGAUUAAUUUUAAUCGAAGAUACGAUGCGACUCAAACGACUCGACGAGCUUUCUCGUAUUCCAUCGUGAAUCAUUCCGACAGUCUAUGAAGUUUGCAAAAUAUGGUAAAAGUAAUCAAGAAUUUCCUCAAAGUAUCUGUCGAACGAGAAUCUCUCAACGAUCAGAACGCUCUACACUGUCGCUAGCAAUUCUCCGAAACUUUGUCUGAACUUGGAACACUGUCGCGCAAUCUCUCCUCUGACUAAGGCUACGUUUCGAUCUUCGCUGUAGUAAUUUAACAGUCGAACGAAUAGUGUCGAUGAGAGCAGGUGGAACACAAGUAACGUUAAGUUACAAGACAAGUGAAUCUUGUCUUGUCAGACUGACGCGAAUAAGCAACGCGAACACAUUGUGGGAACACAUUCGUUAUUUCGUCGCUUUACUCGUAUAGUUUACGGUUUCGUGUAAGAGAGAGGGAGAGAGAGGGAGAGAGAGAGAGAGAGAACAGCAGAGACAGCAAAACUCGCAACGUCAGAAACUAGCGAUCACCAAUUCUGCUGCGUUUUAAGGACGAGACUCUCGUUCCGAGAUAGCGUCGUUCGUGUUAUAUGAAGUGGCGCGUUACGGUUGUCGGUGAAAUGUUGUUGAUCGAGAUGACGAUAACGACGGAUGAACGACAUCCUGGACGCGUCGCGUUUUAUAAUCCUUCCAACAAGAGCCUUGACAAUUUUUUAACUAUUCGUUAGUUGCCUUAGUAUAAGCGAAAAGAGAAAAAGAGAAACAAAGAGGGAGAGGAGGAAAUUAGAUGAAGAGGAUGACGAAGAAGAUAGACGAGCGAACGCUUCUCCGACACAAUUUCAAGUAAUGGUUAAUCCCGUGAUUAUAUUGUACUUGGCACCGGUGUUUCUCUAUCUGCAAUAUCAGAAUAUUUCGGUUCAACGAAUAUUUAUUUGUCGUUUGAAAAAAUAGCGUAAAUAGUUCAGACUGUAUGGUUGAACGGCGAGAAAUAAUAUCGCAAUGACCAUCACGGCAGACCAUUUUUAGACAACCGCCCAUCCCCCUGUUCCAAGACGAAUCGGACACUCGUUAUAAACGUGACCCCUCAGUUGUCGCAUAAUAAAGCGAGCCAAAGAUUGUUCCUGGUUCGAACCGCGCCUGUGGCUUAUUCAGUGAACGUGACUAUAUUAUCCGUAGAAAAGAAGCACGAAUCGAACGCCUGAACCUUCGGAUGAACAUAAAACGCGGGUCCUUUGUCUCGAUUUAAUAUAAUAUACACGCAAUAUAGGGAUAGUCGAUAACUUAGUGUACACAGUUAUGAUAUAUACGAUAUAUUAUCAUACAUAAUAUAUUUUAUAUAUUCCGAACGAAAGCGUAAACGAUAAUUUAUUUAAGGGAACUCGUGUAGCUUUCGCCAAACGUGAUUUUUCGUGUAAGACAUGGACUCACUAAAAUUUAAGCCACGCAUAAGAAAUACAACACUACCCCUAUUACUCCGUAUGUCUCGAUAGAUAUAUCCAUAUUAUAUAUACGGGAAUCGAGAACGCAGCCUCGUUUUGCAGUAGGUUCGAGGAGGCCGAGUACCUUAGACUCCGUCGAUGAUAAUAAGAUGCGCUUAGUAGCACGACGUCACUUAGAGAAGGAUGUGUUCAGGAUCUAGUUCUAGUGUUAAGUACAUAUGUACGCACCAAGGUAGCCACCGGAAGCGUGUUUCUCACGAUCGAUUCAUCCGUACUCAGCGGACCUUAUUUUCGCCGGGUUUCGUUCACGCUGGAGUUUCCAUUUGUUUCUCCGCUCGUGGUUAUGCCGACUACUACCAAAGAUACGCACGCAUAGAAAGACAUUCGUUUGAAUAUAUUUGUCGUACAAAACGACGAUGUAUUGGUAAAUUAGGUUAUCACUUUGUUUUUUGAAUAUACCGCUAUCGAUACGCAAGUGUAGAGGCAAUCUUUCGAAAAUUGCUUGAUUAAUAGUUCGUUCUUUUGGAAUUCAAAAUUUGAAGCAUAUAUCGAGGAAGAUUUGAAUAUAAAAGAUGUAGAACAUACUAAUAGAAAUUACCUUGAAUGCCAGGUACCCAUCCUGACGAUGUAACGAAUAAUCAGGAUAAUACGUAUUAACACUUCACAACUACGCUGACACUUCAUGCUCGAUUUCGUUUCAAACGAUUACUUUCGUUUUCAAUCUAAUCUCACGAAUUUACUUAAAAAUGUCGGCGUGCGUGCACCUUCGAUAACAUUGCAGAUAGCAACGACACAACAUUCAGCACCACUGUUUCACGGUAUCAACAACGAAAAGAUCGUUCUUGUCGCGACAAACCGCCAAAUAUUGCUCAUCUUAGUUCCUCUGGACUGUGGCUGAUCGCGCCACCUGCAAAACCGUCGAGGUCUAUAAAGCUAUGUACAUAGAUUUACGCGUAUGCACACGUAAAUUUGAAUAUCGAAGCGCGAUCGUGCAACGGCACCCUUUUAUUUCUCUUUCGAAAGGUUGAAAAAGCAGAGGGACACGAAGAGCUCGGUACAGUCGAAUACGAUAAAAGGCUAAAGAUAGAAAGAAAAAUAAUUCUAUUUUAUAUUUUGACAGAAGCGAUGCAACGAAGAAAGAGUUCGUGAAGUUUCAUCAGUAAGCUGCGGAUGUGUUUAUGCAUCUAUAGAUAAUUAAGAGGUGCAAAAGUCUAGAAAAUAUAUGUAUAUAACAGGCAAAAGUAUAUAAGAUAUCCAAAGCCGAGUGCUUGUUGUAUUGUUUAGUAAGUAAAACGAGUUUCCAUUUAGGUUCCAUUCCUUUGGUUAUCUUUAUGAAGAUAUAAAGUUGCAUAAACACAGACAUUCGCAGUUUAAUUAUUAGGAAUAGGACGAACGAGGACAGUCGCGUAAUAAAUCCGAACGCUCACGCACACUCUUGAUGCAUAAACACAAUAUGUUAUAUAUACACUAUAUACAUCCAUAGUAUAUACAUAUGUAUAUGCAUUAGCGGAUUAACGAAACUCGCCUAAUUAUCGCCUACUACGGAUUAAUUACACCAUUCAUCUGUCUUUAUCGAUCCUUUCGUUCGGUCGCGUCUGUUUCCCUUUGGUUCCCCUUUCUCCGCGUUCUAUACUGUAAAUAAGAAGCUCAUAGAGAUGAUGUAACGAUGUAAUGGAGUUAGUAGGAUUAACAAAAUAGUAGCAAAGGUGAAAACUUUAAAGCAUAUAGUAUAUAAGAGUCUCACGAGACGAGGUACACACUAUAAAGUAAGUAAUGUUAUACUGGCGAGAACUGGGUUCCCAGUUGGGCCAAUAUUCGAUAAAUAUCGGCGUGAAGGAUCUAGUUACUUUUCUUUUAUCUCCUUAGUUCGUUCGUGAUCGCGUAACGGUCGUUGCUUUUUUCGGAUGGUAGAAGGCAGAAGCCAAUCUCAACGUGACAUUGCCCGGAUUCGUUGUUCAUAAGCAUAAGAAUUAAUUUUAAGUUUCUUCGCUUCGCGAAACAACAUGUGCGAUACAAUCACCCGUGGUUUUACGUGUUUCCCCAGUUUCUUGCUGCUUCUCGACUGUAUUUUAAGAGUCACGACGAAUCGUGCAAAAUUUAAAUACUGCAUAAUUUAAUUUAAAAAGAUUUGUUCUGGAAAUUACUGUAUAUCGAAAUAGAUCACACAGGCCAGAUUAGAGAUAAUAAUUAUAAACUUAAUUAACGUGGAUACUAGUAAAUAUGGAACGUGACUGUGUAAAUUGCAAUAUACGUCAAUAGUAAUUUCAGUUGCAGCUGAUAUCAAUCGCGUACAGUAUCGUAAUUGCCAGUACCCACUAAAACAUAUAUUGGUCAGCUACCAAUGUCAUAUGAGUAGUUAUCGAUCGUAAUUAAUAAUCGUUAAUGCAAUUCUGUAGAAAAAUUGAAAUCAGUUUAAUUGAGUUUGCAAUAACGUUGGACAGUUAUCUUCUUUUUUUUUUUAUUCGACAGAAACUGGGGUAACGAUAUAUGAAUUUCACGUAUGAUUAAUCCUUAAACGCUGAUUGCAUUCGGUGACCUAAAUCCCAGUAGAUUCCUAACCUAAUUGCAGGCACAUGACACGGGGCAAACGUAACACAUACAAAAUCGGUAAAUUCUCGGGUAAUUUCUCGAAUAUAGGUUUGAGAUGUUAUACGUACGUGAUUACAAGGCUAAAAUCACUGAAAUUGGCGAUCGCUUUAACGUGGAGACGAAAUUUAUCGAGGAUCGUUAGAUGCAACGAAAUGCUGGGUCGAAGAGCCUUAAUGAGAGAAGGGAACCUGAUGGGUAAUCGAAUUUAUUGAAAACUUCGCAAGGAACACAUCGGACGUUUUCGUUGUCGUUUUAAAAAUUUAUGUUUCGUUCUUAGGAAAAGUGAUAUCGUGCAUUCAUGAAGAAUUUGAUAUAAAAAUGAGAAAAUAAAUUCGAUCGAACUUGUAUUUGAAACUGUUGAGAAAUUGCUCGUAAAAGCUGCAUGGUGGACAUCAGUUUCGUGAAUAAUCGCAUCGCGUGCAAAUCUUUCAUGUAUACACGAACGUGUUGAGAAAACAAGAAGAGUUGCACGCAACUUUACAGCAAUAAUGCUCAAACACGAGAUUAAAUGGCUACUUGUGUAACCACAUUUGUGUCGUCGAUGUUUAAUGUUCGUGGAACAAGAAAAUUAGUAAAAAAAAUGUUGUAUUAAAUGUUCAAUUAUACUUGGUGUAAUACUCAAUAAGGAAAUAAGAAAACGUGUCAAUAAUAUUAUUAUAUGGAACGCCAUGUUUUUUAAAUUGAAACGACUGGACCACACGGACGAUCGUCGAAGCGGCAGCGAACGUCGCGUUUGUUGCGAACUGGCGCUUCGACGCGAGCUCAAAGAUGAAAAAGUGAUACCUUAAUUUCGCUGAUAAAUUAACGAUUCGGCUCAUGUCUGAUAGUAGAACUAGUCGCACGUACUCCAGUCAAGUCAAAAGCAAUACUCGAAUGUAGAAUAAUUUUUCGUGUGUAAUGUCCAUGAGUAUGUACAAAUAUUCAAACACCGUUAAGUAUGGAAACUUCGAUGAUUGACCAUAUUCGAUAACACGAUAACAUGUUGCGAGUGAAACUUGUAACACGUCUCAAUAGAUGCUCGAAGCUCAUAAAUCUUAAACACGUAGAAAACAAAACUAAUACGGAGUCGCACAGCCUCGUUUGAGUUGCAUUAACAGAAAAUAUAUACAUAUAGAAAAUAAAAAUUGAUGCUGGAAGAAAGUUUCAUUUCAAAAAAGAAAAAAAAGGAAGAAAAGAAAGACAAGUGCGUAGUUUCGUUUAACGCAUAAAAGGAGGUGGUUAAUAAUAAUUGACAGAAGUGUAAAAGUUCGAGCAUGCUGUUGGGUCAUCGUUACAAGAUUAUCUACAUAAGCAAUAACACAUUACGCCGCCUAAUAAUCGUUUUAAAAAACGACUCCGGGUUCCCACGAGACUCGUUCUAUGUGUGACACUCGACAGCAAACGUCCAACGAGAAAUGCGCGCGAUCGAUCGAUCAGUAUUGCUCAAGGAACUAGAAACGAGUCAAUAACGAGUCAAUAAAUUCGUAAGAGUCUCGUUAGUUUAAUUAAACAUUGUAGCAAGCUAACCAAAGUUUAUAGCAGUGAUAUUAAGUACAAAAAAAAAGAACAAACGAAAAUAAAAAAAAUCGUGAAAUUUCGUAGUCAACAAAUGCAACUAUGUAUGUAUAUGUUAGUCAAAUGUCACUUUCUUCGCUCUUCGAUGUUGUUCGCGCGCAUUUUCAGUCAUUAAAAAAGAUCGGACAAAAGUGAUCGUCAAAGAUGCCGUGGUGUCGAUAAUUAAAACAAACCUGCAAAAAAUAUUUUGUACUUACAUAUAAACGAAUGGUUCGAUUUUAGUGGGAAUCUACUGAUGAUCACUUUUUUCACUUCUCGUGUCACAAGAAAUUUCUCUCUACGACUAUCACUGUUCACUGUAUUUUCCACUUCGUCUGUGACCUAUAUGCGCACGAGAAGACAUCAGUCGCAAGAUCUGCAAAGCGUUCGCAAUUAAUAAUUAAACUUUAACGAACAUAGUAGACGCACUGAGUAUAACGACGCUGGUGUUUUGUGGACGUAGAGAUCUCACAUUAUACCUUGUUUUUAUAUGAACGAUGAAAAUGACCAGGUGAAAAAAGAAUCUUUUUUUCUUCGCGUAUCUAGCAAAGAUAUUAAAAUCUGUUCCUUCUACUUCGAGUUCUUUAGAUCGAAUUUUUAAAACAGAUACGGAUAACCUGUGAAGAACUACGUCCGGAAACAAGUGCGAAAAUGUAACAGAAGCCUCUCGCUCGAAAUUCUCCUGUCUGUCGCUAUACCUUUUCCUGUUUCGGCUUCGACUUUCCGUCUCCAUGUGGCUUUAUUCUUCUCUACCAACCAACUUCUCUAUUAUUGCAUAUAUCGCUUCCUGUCUAAACAACGUAAAGCUUGGUAGAAGGGUUAACGGACACAAAACGACAAAACUGUUCGCCUACUCCCUCUACACUGUUUUCCAUUGCUUCCCUAUUCUCUCACUAUCUGUCUCUGAUAACCUUUUGUAAAUCGAACGAAUUCUGUUAACGAAGAUGGUUUGAUGAUUCUUCGUCGAGGUGGUACGCGUGAGUUUUGAUUCGAUUCCGUGACGUUUCUAGCUUUAAGAAACGACUAUCUAAACAUAGAGGUCUGUCUUUGGAACUGCGAGCUUUCCUUAUCGAAAAAAAAGGAGACUAACAAGGUUGAUAGAUACAUAAAUUUGUAGCGCAGUUUGUUGUUUUGGGAUAGUGUAAGAACGAGAUAAGAGCGCCAGGGGUAUGGAACGAGAAAGAAUAAGAGAGGAAGAAAAAAGGAGAACGAAGAAAAAAGUGCCUAUAUACAUCAGUAAAAUUAUUCGUUAGCGUGCAUUUAUGCGUUUCAACGAGUACGGACAGUGUCAAUUACAGGUAAAAAGAAGCGACAAACAAGAUACAUGUGCGUGAUGAAGACGAAAGAUACGAGCAAGGAUACGACGAAGCAAUAUCGAGCGACGAUCCGAGAUUACAAAACGCUUGCGAAUACCAAUUAUUAACAACGACUACGACGAUGACGAUAAUGAUUGCGAACUACGAUUACUAUUAUUGUUAUUAUUGAUUGCGAACCUAAAUUAAUGAGCUAAUCGCCGUGGAGUGUCGCUCGGGUUCUGCUAGGUUAUGCUAAUGACGUUCGAGAUAGAUAUUUUGCGAUCAAUUAAAAAAUCGUUAGCCUGGAAGUUAAUGAAACGAACAAUACGAGAACACCAAAUUGUAUAAUAUAAUUAUGAUAUCGUAGGACGCAGUAAGUAUCAAUGCGUAUUAUUAACAUUGUAUAGCAGUGUAUUAUCGUUUGGAAGCCAGCUUGAAAUUUACGUUUAAUGUGACGAAAAAAACGUUGUCGUUUAGCUGAAAAAUCGUGCUUCCAAAGCAUCGUCCCACGUAGAUCCUCGUGAGCUCGUUCGACGCAUACCACGGCGCGUUAGGGACGGAUGUGAUAUAAGGUGAACCUUAACCUAACCUAUAACGCAUAUAGAUAUUGAUAUUGUAUGCAUUGUGAUAGUAUUCUCGAGGAAAAACAAAACGACACACACCAAUUCAACAACAAGAACAAAAAAAGAAAAAUAGAACAAACCGCGUAAAAAAAAUCCCUGCCUCCUCCAAAGUGCGACUGAUAUUUACAGGAUAUUGUUCCAAUUGGAUGCUCCCAAGGAAGCCGGGGUAUUCAAAAGCAAUAACUUCGUAGGCGGUCGCGGAUCCUCGAUGAGGUACCUUUGCGACCGAUUAAUAUAAAUAAUAAUAACGGCGCAAAAAAAAAGUAUGAAUAGGCCGAUGAAUUUUUAACCUUAAUAAUUUUAAUUGUAAUGAUGACUUAGCGGUGCAGGAUCACACACCGACGUUACAAGUCUGGAUCACGAACAGUCAAACAUACACACAUGUACACACUAACGUAGUGAACAAUUAUUUGCUACUCGUUACGAUAAUAAACUACCGAGAAAGGAAAUGAAUAAUUAGCGAAGACGAAAAGUGAACGAAAGAGAGAACGAGUGUGUGUGAAAGAAGAGAAUACGAGCAAGAGAAUGGUAGACAUAGGCGUAGAUAAUGAAUCAUCUUUACACGAGCGCACGCACGUGCGCGCGCGCACCCAUCCACAUAGUCAUGUAAACACAGACACACCAUACAGUGAGCCUAAUAAACGAUUUAGUAAGAGUUAUUAUUAUAAUUAAAGAAGAAAAAAAAAGAAUGAGAAAAGGCGAGGAGACUAGCGAUGGCUUUUAUAAGAUGAAGUAAUACGAUGCAGCGCGACAAAACGCGCACCACUGGUUACAUUGAUAUACAUAAAUCUAUUAUAUAUAUAUAAAUAUAUAUAUAUUAUAUACAUAAAAAAAUAUUAUAUAUAUAUUAUAGUAUUCGAACUUUAGUUCGAAGAAAAUAGCGACGGUACGACGAAUGAGUAGAGAGCGCAAAAAUAAUAAUAUUAUGUUUCGUCGUAAAGAUUUGAAGAAAAUGUGAGCGAGAGUGAGAGAGCGAAUAUAAACAAAAAUUGUCAAAUAGAAGAGCGAGAGGGACGUGAGUGAAUGUAACAAAAAAAAAAAAGGAAUAACAGUAACAGAAAGAAUGAAAGAGUAGAGAAGUAAAUGCAAAAAAAAAAAUACAAUUGUGCAGGUAUCCAUAUUUUAUAGCUUUUACGUAAGAAAUUAAACCGUACACACGCAGAACGCGAAGUUAACUAUAUAUAUUUAUAUAGAUACGUUGACACGGUAUUACCGAUGAAAUUAUAUCGAAUUACUGGUAGGCUGGCGUUAUUACGAUGAUUUAUCGCGAUGAUUAGUACCGUUGUUCGCGUUAUUGCGCGUCAACGCGUGAACUUAAACAGAUACACAAGCCGAGAAGAAAAUCACAACACGAAACCAACCGAGUUACUUAACGAUUCUUUUAUCAUCGUUAUUGCUAAAAUCAACUGUCGUUCUUGCUACUAUUAUUUUCAUUUAUAAUUACCAUUAUUACCGGUUAUCGUCGGUCGGAUAUAUUAUUUAUCGCGACGUUAUUAUUCUCAUUGAACGGCGAUGAAGAGAGAUACCAGUUAUAUUAUAUCUAUUAACGGAAAAAAAAAAUAAUACAAUUAUACCUUGCAUGACUACGUAGGGCUAUACUGCCGCCGAAGCAAUACAAAGAGCAAUAUAGAGUUAAAAGGUAAUUAACGAGAUUAAAGGUACUAAAGGUAAACGAUAUUAAUAACCGCGGAGGAAAACGCCGUAGGUAUUAUACACUGAACACUCGACACUACUCUCCUUCAUGACACUUUACACACACGCACAUAAAUACAGAAAUACGUAUUAACACACAUAACACACGCAACAUGACAGAACACGAACAGAGACACGCACGAUUAUAAUUACUUACACGCAUGAACGCUCAGAUACUCGUGACACAGGACACACCACAGGUGGACACUAUGUAUAGUCAUUAAUUUAUUCUGACCGUAGUGCUAAUUGUACUUAGCAUUUACGUAGAUGACACUAAUUGCCUAGGUCGACCAGCUCGUCCGGGGUUCCUGUUGCCGUGCGAGUUACACCCUCCUCUGAUCACCCCUUUAACCUCGCCGGUAUAUCUCCCUUCCGCGACGCGAACCGAAGCCACGAUCGUCGUCGACGAUGUAAUUUCCUACGGUGUAUCCGGCGGCAACGGCGGGAACCCUCGUCGAUCGAAUUUCGCCUAAUAAUGAAAUAACAAAAAAAAAAAAAACGGUAGCGAUAUAGAGUUAUUCGUAGAAUCGCUAAUGUAUUUCACUCGGUGCCUGUGACAGCUGAGCUAGCUAUCCGUUCGAGAACGAAAUAAUUGACAAUACAUUGUUGAAUAGAGUGCAACGUAUGAAGAAUCUUCAUAUUCUUUCUACAACUUUGAUAACUUUUACCAUCUUCCUAUUUUCAGUCCAUCUUCUUUUUAUAUAUUUUAUAUCUUUUUUAUAUUUAUCCUUGAGUAUUUCUUAUUUCUAAUUUGUUUGAAACUUUUCAUAAGGUUUCUCCCUUUUUUGAAUCGUCUGAGAAAUUAUCUCUUGCCAAUUGGAAAUAUUAGAAACUUAUUUCCAUCCUCGAUAUUUUUUUAUUUAUUUUGUCAAAAAAUGUGUUCCUAAUAAAUCCGCUUAGUUUAUCUCUGAAGUAUUAUCUCGAGCGAAGGAUUAUUUAGCGAACGACGGAUAAAAAGAACACUGAUCACGUGUUGUUUGUUUUCGAUGUCUCUAUUCGACAACCAGUAAUUUCCUCUAUUUUCGCCCUUCUAAUUACCUACUCACUGAUGUUUCCACAUCUGGUCGAUAACAAGUUCGACCGACUGUGACAAAGCUGUUCACGGGUACCACCUGGAAUACGUAGUAUUAGCAUGGUGUGAAAACGAUAGUGACGCUAGAUGAAUUAGCUUUAAGCUUCUUUCUCGCUAAGAGGGAACCUAUUAUUAUAAUAACGAUAUUUACAUACAUUUGUAUUAUUUGUAAACUAGCGCUAAUACAAAACUCCAAUUUGUGCAUCGACACGCGAAACAAGAAGAGAGUCCCGUUUCCCUGAACCCUUAUUCCUGGACCCACGAAGCCCAGACGAAUGAGUCAAACGAAACCAAAAAAAGAAACAAGAAAAAACAAAGAAAAAAUGGUAAAAAAAAGUGAAAGAAAUGGAAAAUAAGCUCCCGCCCUUGUUCCUGUUCCGCUCGUUCGAACGGACUACCGUUUUUUGUAAGAAACAAAAUACGAAUAUGUGAGUCACAACACUAAAAGAAAAAGAACACCAGGACACUUUCGUUUCUCCGUUCCAGUUUGUAAUUUUUCGCUCUGUAACGUCUCUCGUCUAUUAUAUGUAUCUUCUCUCUCUGUAAUAUCGGGCCUUUUUCCUCCAAACGAAAUAAAACGAAAAAAAAAUGAAGGGGAAAACGAGAAAAAAAAGAGAAAAAAACGACGAAGAUGAAGAACACGGAAUAAGAGAACACGAACUUUACCUAUCCUGACAUACUUCUCAUAGUGUUGGAUGGUAACGUUACAAGACAAAAGGGAAUAAAACGUUAAUUGAGCAUUGUUAUCUAUGUAAUACAACAUAGGAUGUUUUGUAUUAUAUUUUCAUAAUAAAUAGACACGUAGAAAAAGACGUAUUAACCAUA